UCCCACUACAACCCCCACCCUCCUCACACAGGACCUCAAUGAAGCUGAACCCCUCGUCUGUCCUGAAGAACUCAAGUCCCCAGCACAAGAAAGCACUUUCCACCUCGGAGGGAACAUUGCGCCGGGCUGUGCUGACAUGAGAAGCUGCUGAUAGUCGGGGGACAAUUAGUCAGCAUGGCGCUCAGUGGAGGGCUUACACAAUGCCAUAGGAACCAUCAGCAAUGGAAGAACAGUUUGUCAUGGAUUUUCCUGGCACUUAUGCUAGCAGGGUUGCUCUCCAAGACUGUUGAUGCUGGUGGCAAAUCAUACACAGGACCUUGCGGUGGACGAGAUUGCAGUGAAGGAUGUCAGUGUUACCCAGAGAAAGGAAGCCGUGGACAACCAGGACCACUUGGUAAUCAAGGCGUCUCAGGGCCACCAGGACUUAUUGGAAUAGAGGGAUUACCAGGUCGUAAAGGAGACAAAGGUGAAAGAGGUCAUCCAGGGGUCACCGGACCCCUUGGAGAUAAGGGUCAAAGUGGUGUCACAGGAUUUCCUGGAGCAAAUGGUGUACCUGGUCAUGUUGGACAAGGUGGUCCAAGAGGAAAGCCAGGAUUGGAUGGUUGCAAUGGAACAACGGGAGAUGCUGGCGAGACUGGGCCAAGCGGUCCAAGUGGUUCUGCAGGCUAUUCUGGUGAACAAGGUUUCAAGGGUCAGAAAGGUGAACCUUUUUAUAUAUCAGCGGACCUUAAAAAUAAAAUUAGGGGGGAUCCUGGUGAACUAGGAAUUAUUGGAGUUCCCGGUCCCAGAGGAUCUCCUGGAGUUAUGGGAUUCAUUGGCCCAAUGGGUCAACCUGGAUAUCCUGGACCUCCAGGACCACAAGGACCACAAGGACCACAAGGCAGUAAAGGCCUUGGAUUUUAUGGACAGAAGGGAGAACAGGGUGAACAAGGCAGCCCUGGACCCCCAGGCCUUCCAUGCCAGAUAACAGGUGAGCCAGGAGAUAUAGGACCCACAAGUGCACCAUGCCAUGAAGAGUUGGUCGAGCCAUCUGAUAUAUCCUUAAUAGAUUAUCUGGGAGAAACCGGUGAGAAAGGGGAAAAAGGAAAUCCUGGAUUAAAAGGACAAAGGGCUUUCUACGGAGAAAAGGGAGAAGAAGGUGUAAUGGGUUUCCCCGGAGCAAGGGGUUUUUCUGGCAGCGAUGGACAGCCCGGUGACCCUGGAAAUGAUGGACUGCCUGGAAUAAGUGGUUUUCCAGGGACACCUGGCUUUAGAGGAAUAAAGGGAGAACGUGGUGGAAUAGGUGCUCCAGGACCUAUUACCUAUGCUACACAUCCAGAAACGCAAAAAGGAUCAAAAGGAGAUGUUGGCUUCCCUGGAAAUGCUGGGCCAGAUGGCGAAAGAGGCGACAUAGGAGAUACUGGACUUCCAGGUUUAAUGGGAAGGCCAAGUCCAUUCCCUGGACAACCAGGCUAUCCAGGCCUAAAAGGUGAAAGAGGUCACAAAGGAUAUCAAGGGGUUCCUGGUUUUCCUGACUUUCAACCUGGAAUUGAUGGAGAACCUGGACAACCUGGACAACGAGGACCUCCUGGAUUACCCGGAUAUCCUGGAGGACGCAUUGGACGCAAAGGUUCGCCAGGACCUCAGGGGCGAGAUGGUCAAAAUGGAUUUCCUGGCCUAGCUGGCUUAAAAGGACACAAAGGGGAACAAGGUGAAUGUAAAUGCUUUUCUGGUGAUGAAGCUUCAAGAGGGCCUGCUGGAGAGCCUGGACCUGUAGGAUUUCCAGGCUCACCGGGUGAAUCUGGUAGUAAAGGAGAAAAGGGAGAUAGAGGAGUUCCUGGUGUGCCCGGAGCACCAGGUAUAGAGGGACUUCCAGGCCUCAAUGGUCUUCCUGGGCAUGCUGGAGAGAAGGGAGACACAGUGUUUGCUACAGAGAAAGGUGCAAAGGGUGCUCUGGGAGAUGCUGGUUUACCUGGCACUGAAGGAUUUGAAGGACCUCCAGGAAAAGAUGGAUCCUAUGGAAUUCCUGGCUUCCCAGGUCCUCCUGGUGAUGCUGCGAAAGGACUAAUUGGCGACCCUGGAUUUCCAGGACCUCCAGGUCGUGAAGGAGUGAGAGGUGAGACUGGCCGACCAGGUUUAGGGUUUCAAGGCCCUAAAGGCACACGUGGAGCCCCUGGGCCACCAGGACCAGAUGGACCUCCUGGAAUUUCAGGACUGCCAGGUUUACCAGGUGAUUGCUUUAAAGAGUCUGCAGAUGAACAAACAGGUAAGCCUAAUAGUGGAUGUAUUUUAACUCCACCACCUGCACCAGCAGGAGCCCCAGGACCACCAGGAUUGCCAGGAUUCAAAGGCUUCAGAGGCCUGAAAGGCCAGCCAGGGUUACCGGGUCCAGAUGGCAUCAAAGGUCUUAAAGGAAUCGGAGGUGAUCCUGGACCUGACAGCUUGCCAGGGCCACCAGGAUUUCCAGGGAGAAGAGGAGACCGUGGUACUCCUGGAUUACCAGGUUUGCCUGGUCUACCUGGCCUAGAGGGUAAUCCAGGUUUUAAAGGAUUUGAUGGUCAGCAAGGUGGCCCAGGUGAUGUUUUGGGUGCUCCUUCAGGACUUCGGGGAGAUGUUGGAUUUCCUGGUUUCCCAGGUCUAAAAGGCAAGCAAGGUGAACCAGGUUUACCAGGACUGCAAGGCAUCGAUGGUAUAUCUGGAGUUCCAGGACAAAAAGGCAUUCAAGGUGAUCCUGGAAUUUCGGGUGCUCCAGGCUUGCCAGGACUAUCAGGUAAUGGUGGAUUUCCAGGAAUGCCAGGAAAACAAGGAACCCCAGGAACAGUCGGAUCGUCUGGACUUCCUGGAUCUCCUGGACCAAGAGGAGAUGAAGGUAUGAGUGGUCAGCCUGGACAAUCCUUGAUAAAAGGGCAACCAGGAGAUGCAGGAAAUGUAGGAUUUAUUGGUAUAAGGGGAAGACCAGGAGAUCCAGGUUUUCCUGGUUUGACCGGGAUGGACGGACACCCUGGUGUGAAAGGAGCAAAGGGAUCACCUGGCAUGGCAGGAUUUGAAGGUAUGAAGGGAGAGAAAGGAAGACCUUCAUGGAGUGGACCUAAGGGGCAAUCUGGCAAUUCUGGUGUACCAGGAGUUAGAGGGCUUCCAGGAGAACCGGGCACAAAAGGCAAUCGCGGAGAAACUGGCCCACCAGGACCUAAACCUGACAUAAUGCCAAUAUUAAUGGAAAUGAAGGGAGAGAAAGGAGAUUUUGGUAAUUCAGGAUUUAAAGGAUUUGAAGGGUUUAAAGGAUCUAAAGGUAUGCCAGGUCAUCCAGGACAACCUGGACAGCCCGGUUUACCUGGAAUGCCCAACUAUGAGCAAGGUGAAAAAGGAGAAAUUGGAGUAUUUGGGCACCCUGGAUUUCCAGGAGUUCCAGGCCAGGUUGGGCCACCAGGCAUUCGUGGAUUUCCAGGAUUUACUGGUCCCAGAGGUUCGAAGGGAAUGCCUGGUAUUUUUGGCCUUCCAGGUGAAAGAGGUAGUUUUGGAGAUACAGGACAAAUUGGAGACACCAUAGACAUGCCUGGAGAGAGAGGAUUCAAGGGUCUGAAAGGAAACAGUGGGUUUCCAGGACUCAGAGGAAGACCUGGAGACAAGGGAUUCCAAGGAAAUGCAGGGUUUUCAGGCAUUGAAGGAAUGAAAGGAGAAACAGGACAACCAGGAGAAAGGGGCAACAUAGGUUUACCAGGUCUUCUGGGUCUACCUGGAGCACAGGGUGAUCCUGGAUUCCCUGGCAUUCCGGGUGGACAAGGAAGUAGUGGCAUUCCAGGGUUGCCUGGUCAGCAAGGCUUUCCUGGAUUCAGAGGAAUUUCUGGACUCGAAGGUCUGACAGGGACUAAGGGACAACAAGGCACAUCAGGCACAGAUUCAUUUGGUGCAUCAGGUGUAAAAGGCCCCAUAGGUGAGAAAGGCAACCAGGGUGAGCAGAGUAAUGUUGUUGGAUUACCUGGAAAUACUGGUGCAAAAGGAGUCAAAGGAGAGCCAGGUUUGCCUGGUUUUAUGGGUUUACGUGGAUUAGAUGGUGUCCGUGGCGUUCCUGGUGUUUCUAACUACUCAGGAAGCCCAGGAGAUGUUGGGUCUUCGGGUCCUCUAGGGCUACCAGGCUACCCAGGUCCCCAAGGAAGACCAGGUGCACCCUCACGACCCGGAGUUAAAGGAGAGUCAGGACCCCAAGGUUUAGAAGGAAAAGUGGGUGAUAAAGGAAUUCCAGGUGAUAGAGGACCACAAGGAUUUACUGGUAUCCAUGGCUUUCCUGGAGGGAAAGGUGGGAUGGGUGACCAAGGUAAUGAAGGUGGAUUUGGAUUACCUGGAUUCCCAGGAGACAGAGGUCCUAAAGGACCAAAGGGUAACCGGGGGCCACAGGGUCUGCAGGGUGAACCUGGAUCAACAGGGUUAGCAGCUGAACCAUUACGUAUGGAAGUGGAACCUGGUCCUAUUGGUAUAACAGGAAUUAUAGGUCCUGAAGGCAGCAGGGGAGACAUGGGACCCCAUGGUUUUGUUGGUGAUAAAGGUGCACAGGGUCAACCGGGUAGGCAAGGUGUUCCAGGUAUAGCUGGAAGGUCUGCAGUACCUGGCGCUCGUGGAGACAUGGGGAUUAUAGGACAAAGGGGUCCUCUAGGAUUUAAAGGAAACCCUGGGGUACCAGGUGCUGGUGGGUUGCCAGGCAUGCCAGGAAGAAGUGUGAACAUAGGCUAUCUCCUUGUAAAACACAGCCAGACUGACCAAGAGCCAAUGUGUCCUGUUGGCAUGGCUAAACUGUGGAGCGGAUACAGUUUGUUGUAUUUGGAAGGACAGGAGAAAGCACACAAUCAAGACUUAGGUCUGGCUGGAUCCUGUCUCCAGCGCUUCAGUACAAUGCCUUUCCUAUACUGCAACCCGGGUGAUUUGUGCUAUUAUGCCAGUCGCAAUGAUAAAUCUUACUGGCUAUCAACCACAGCUCCUCUUCCAAUGAUGCCUUUAGUAGAAGAAGAAAUUAAACCCUAUAUAAGUCGCUGUACUGUCUGUGAAGCUCCUGCAGUUGCAAUUGCUGUCCAUAGUCAAGAUGCUUCCAUCCCAUUCUGUCCCGAUGGUUGGAGAAGCUUGUGGAUUGGAUACUCAUUCCUUAUGCACACAGCCGCAGGUGAUGAGGGAGGUGGACAGUCUCUUUCAUCUCCUGGCAGCUGCCUAGAAGACUUCAGAGCAACCCCAUUCAUUGAGUGCAACGGUGGUCGUGGAACUUGCCACUAUUUUGCUAACAAAUACAGCUUCUGGCUUACAACUAUUGACAAGACAUUCCAGAGCUCUCCGUCAUCAGAUACACUGAAAGCUGGCCUGAUUCGAACUCAUAUCAGCCGCUGCCAAGUUUGCAUGAAAAAUCUGUAAAAUGAGUUCUAUGUAGAUUAUCUUUUUAUAAGAAAACAUUUAACAGAUGUAUUAUUGGUGCUCAAUGUUAACUUAUUACCUCACUAGUCGAUUUCACAAGAAAAUAUUGUUUUUCACCCAUUCAAUUAUCGUUAUGUCAUUACAGACAACUCCAUUCAGAUGCCAUUCAUACAUAUUUCAGUAAUAUCAUCCGUAUUUUACUUGUUUUUAUAGACAAAAUAAAAUAAGUGAUACAUGAAUAAUUCGCCUGAUGUACUUAACAUUUUUCUUUUUGCACCUUCCCUGUUCUGAUUUGAAUUGACUAGGACCAGUGUGGAUCAUAUUGUUGAGUAGAAACAAUUGAAGCUCCUCGCCAUUUAGUCAUUUCCUGUAGGGCAUCAAUGAUAUCAAAAGCUCCUCUGUAAAUGGGCUACAUUUGCUGCAUGUUAAGAGGCAGUGUGCCAGCUUCUGUUGGUGCUUUUACUCUGCUGCCUGUAGGGAAAUGAUUUUACUCUUCACUUAUUAUUAGAUGACUUAUUAUAAAUAACCACAACACUCAGACUCACCAUGGAUCUUCAGAAUCUAAGUAUAGAAUACUAUGGGAGUUUGCUUUUGUUUCACUGGAACCGAGGCUGGUCCAGAUGAACGGCCAAAAUCGAAAACUUAAAAUGUGGCCACAUUAGACCCAUAUCAAAGUGGCCUUGCAUUGUAUUCCAGCACCCAGGCAAUGUGUUAUACUUUACAAUGGGUAGAGGUAAUUAGAGACCAUUCAGCACCACACUGGUUGUAGAUCUUUUUGUACUGUUCUUUUUUGUCUCUUCUUUACUGCUUUUCAAUAUAGCCACUAUGUACGGACAUAGUCUUUACAACACCGUAUUGUAAACCUUCAUUUUUUAUAUAUGUCUUUUGGCUCUCAAGCAAACCCUUUAUCAUUUAAAUUUUAUCAUUUAAAUUUUAUCAUUUGCACGUAAUGGUUUUAACAGUCCCUGAAGCAUUCUCUAAAAUGACAACAUAAAUAAGCAAAUACAAUAUCUGUACUGUACAUAGAGUUUACUGGAAAAAGAAAACUGUAAAUAAAAUGAAUGUAACAUUA